GGCCGUGGCCGUGUGCAUCGUAGCUUCUGUUUUACUAGCAACCUGCCCGCACAAGGGCUCUGUCAACGCGACCUCUCCGGGCAUCCAAUUGCAAAAAAGGCGUUCCCAUAUAAGUCAUGUGCGCGCGGCGAGUUGUGCACUGUUCUCUCCUUGACGCGCUCGUUAACUCCCACCCCGGUGCGAUGUUUGGAAACAAAAGCCCUCAGAUCCCCUCUCGACGUCCUAAGAGCCACCCUGCUCCUGGAUCAUUUUCUAGUGAUCGGCAGCCGUCCCUCUCUUCCAUCUCGGAGUACAUCCCCCAGACAUCCCAGGACAGAGACAAUGUUUGUAAUGAUCGAAAUGGAGGAUUGACGGGAUCAUAUCCCGGGCCUCCGGCGGCCAAUGAGACUGUACCUUGUGGCUUUGGUAGUUCAAAGAAAUCGACAUCUCCUUUCGGCCUCACAUUUGGAAAGAUUUGCAAAAACACAGUUCUUGAUCGCAGCAAGCCUAGCACUUCCGGACCCGGAUCGUUCUUUGGGACAACUACACCCUAUCAGCCAUCCGCUGAUAACCAAGGGUUUCCGUCUCCUUGUGCCCCUGAAGGGAAUCUUCCUGGAAAGCACAGCGCGUAUAUCACUUGUGAGGGUGACCCGGGCAUCCACACGCAUCCCCCAUCGGGGUUUCCAAGCACGCCACCGGCCAGCUCACGCAGUGAUCAGCAUAAAAUGAUCAUCGGUGCCACAAGACUAAUCCUCCAAACCGCGGCCUCCGCUCUCAACCUUUCUCCGAUUCCAAAACUCGGUGAAAUCCCAAACCUGAUUUUGAUAUGGCUGCAAGUUUACGAGACUGUCGAUGACAAUGACAAGAAUCUCAAAGGAUUGCACGAUGAGAUUCAAAGAGCCUACGAAACUAUUUUGCAACCCCUUCAAAUGUGGACAUGCCAAACUGGCGAAAUUCCUCCUGAAGUAGUCUCACUAGUCAAAGAAUUUCACUCGGACCUGGAGGAGCAGAUCGAGCAGAUUCAAAUGCUUGGCAACCAAAAGGUCAUUCAGAGAGUGAUUUUACGGACCAACACGGCUCGGAAACUAACCGAUGUGAAGGCUUGCAUAACUCGUGCUCUCUCGCACUUCGCGACGGUGGCAACGACUUUGAACCUCCUCAAUACAAUUCGAGCACGAACUCUCGAAACUUCCUAGAGCCGACGCUGAAUAUAACCGCGUGAAAAGCAAGUCAGAAUGUCUCAAAACCACACGGGAUGGGAUUCAGAGUGCGAUACUCAGUCACCUCAGGGAACCUAGGAACAGGUUUGUCUGGUUGCGUGGUUCACCUGGGACCGGGAAAACUGCGAUAUCUAUGAGCGUAGCCUCCGCUCUUGACAACCAAGGUGCCCUUGCAGCGUCUUUCUUCUGGGAUAAGAACCAAAAGGGGAUGGGACUUGACUCGGUUGAGCGCUUUCCCUCCACCCUCGCUCUACAGCUUGCGGCAUUCAGUGCUGAGUACAAGAGCUUACUCAGGCAAAUUCGCGAGCGUGCUUCGUUG